AUGGCCAUCUUACACAAUGUCAAACACCCUGAUGGGGCCAUUGCCGACAGUGCCUUCAAUCUCAACCUCAAACACCCCGAUGGCAACAUCCUCUGCAGUGCUUUCAAUUUUAAUGACAAACACCCCAAUGGAGACAUCCCCACGGCACCUUCAAUUUCAAUGUCAAACACCCCGAUGGAGACAUCCCCCACAGCGCCUUCAAUCUCAACCUCAAACACCCCGAUGGCAACAUCCUCCGUGGCGCUUUCAAUCUCAACCUCAAACACCCUGACGGUGACAUCCCCUGCGGCACCUUCAAUUUCAAUGUCAAACACCCCGACAGAGACAUCCCCCGUGGCACCUUCAACCUCAACCUCAAACACCCCGAUGGCAACAUCCUCCGCAGUGCUUUCAAUUUUAAUGACAAACACCCUGACAGAGACAUCCCCCACGGCACCUUCAAUUUCAAUGUCAAACACCCUGACGGCGACAUCCUCUGCGGCGCUUUCAAUCUCAACCUCAAACACCCUGACAGUGACAUCCCCCGUGGCACCUUCAAUUUCAAUGUCAAACACCCCGACGGAAACAUGCCUUCAAUCUCAAUGUCAAACACCCUGA